AUGAAGGAUCAUUUAUCAUAUUAUUUGGGAAAAUUAACAUGUAUGUAUAGCGUGGAUGGAAAUAUUCAGGAGGAACAGGUGCGGAACAACAAUCAUACUAUUCACGCAACCAUGAGGAUCCUGGAGGAGUAUAAAAAUAGGCUGUUUUUCUACUACAUCAUAAGGGAUAAUUUGCCCACGUACCAUCAUGACUCUUUUAUAAAUGUGCAUAGGAAAGCGUUUACCUUAUUCAUAAAUGAGCUAGUUAUUAUGGAGGAGUCUCAGUUAAAUGGAUGUGUACUCGAAUCAAGGACACUUAUGGUGGAAGCCCACAGAUGA